AUGCCACCCAACGAUCGGGCCGAGAAGCAGGCAGCUGCUCAACAAGCAGUCAACAUCCUGCACGAAAUUUCCACGAUCCUGAAUUGCCAUCUCGAUCGCCAGACGCUCUCUAUCUGCAUCUCCAUGAUCGAGAAGGGAAUAAACCCCGAGGCUCUCGCGAACGUUGUCAAAGAAUUGCGCAAGAAAGGCCAAGAGAACCAACUCGAGGCGGCGGCGGCGGCGGCGGCAUCAUCCUCGACAACGGUACCGUCGCGCCGGAGAUGA